UAUAUCCGGAGAAACUUGCAGUGAAAGAGAUGAGGUCUAUUCGUUUUCAAAGAACUCCUGAACUAGUGCAAUAAUUUAGAGUAAAACAAGUAUACUUUCUUUCACUUUAACUCAUUGCACACUAGUGCGCACUGAUUCCAAAGUUCUUCGAAAACUAAUCGACCUAUCGUAUUUGUUUUCGUGCGUAAGCAGCGAAGCGCAAGCACUGUCGCAUGACGAUUCCGCACGGGACGAAUGGACGUUUGUAUGCUGCAGUUAUGCGCUUCCAUUGUGAAAACAUAAGUGUUUUAUGGUGAUAAUAUGUCAAAACCAAACAUAAGGAAGAUAACGGCUGACCCUACGAAAUGUAAUACAGACUCUCGACGGCCGAGUGUGUUUGAGAGGUUGGGCACCAAACCAGCAACCGCCGCCACAGCCGCAGCCCCUCAGAAUACAUCGGAUUAUUGCAGAAACUGGGCGCUCAACGGCAGUUGUUCGUAUGGAAAGAGUUGCAAAUACGCAAAUACACACACAUUGAUAAGCCCAUCCAAACGUGCUAAGAAGGAUAAUGCGAUCGCAAGUACAGCUGGGCUUAUUGAAGAUCCUUUCAAACGGCUUACAUCGAAGAUCGUGAAGAAGACAUCGCAUAGUCCGGACUUAAACAUAGAAGAGUGGAAUCAGACGGAUCUCGAAUACGAGGACGAAAAAGUGUUGGAAAGACGGCGGCAACUGUUGCAACGAGAACUGGAGCUACAAAUGAAGAAGGAUAAGGAAGUACAUGGCAAGGAUAAAGUGAGACAAAAAAAGAAAGCAAUGAGCACGUCCUCCAGUUCGCGCACCUCGAGUACAUCCAGCAGUAGCAGUAGCUCCAGCAGCGAAGACUCGUCCUCUACCUCGACGUCGGACUCGCGAAAGAAGGUGAAGAAAAUCAAAACGAAGCGACAUCACAGCGUUUCCACCGACUACGACGAGGAUAAGGAGAAAAAAAGAAAAUUAAAGCUUAAAAGACUGGGCGCGAAGAACGACAAAGCCGUGAGCAAGAAAAAACGCAAGCUCGAAAGCAAUUCCACGAAGAAGGAUCUCGCUGCGCGGUCGAUCAAGAAAUAUGGCUCGUCUUCUUCCGUAUCCAGGAAGCAUUCCACCUCACUGCGCGCCAGAUCACCCGCGAUGCAACAAGGACCUGCAAGUGGGGUCGCGUCCACGACGACUGUAGUGUUGGGCUCGUCAGUGUCCGUAGCGCACCAUGCGUCAUCCUCGUCGUCCAAUAAGAAUCGAGAGAGGAACCGAAGCGAGUCACCCAAGGCGUUGAAGAACACCAGGGAGAUGGAUAAAGAGGACAGCAACAGACACUACAAGAAGGUGCGCGACGUGGACGAGUGCUUGUCCAAGGACACGACGGCUAAGUGUAAGUCUUUCGACAAAGUGACCAAGGAACAGGAAAAAGAUAAGAGUCGUGCGAUUGACGACAAGAUCAAAUCGGACGACAGUCGGCUGAGAUCUAAAUGCAAAGAUAAAGACAACGUCCGUUCGCGUACCCCACCGCCAUCUUCAUCCGUGGACCGAUCCAACAAGCAUCAGCAUGCAAAGGAGAACACGUCGAAGACUCGUCGCAGCCGCACACCGGACAAGUCUUCACGAACGAGACGUGAUCUCACCCCGGCGAAAAAUCCCGAGAAACAAAGUGGUGGAGGCAGCGGUUCAUCGUCAGGUCGUACGAGAGACGCGGAGAAAAAAGAUCGCGAUUCACAUAAACGGGACAAGAGCAAGGAGCGGGAAGAUGCGCGAAAAAGCGAGCAAUUGAACUCCGGUAAGCAGGCGAAGCAAGCAGCGACGAGCUCCCAGGACGACAGCUAUCGCAGGAACGCGAGCAAAGACUUCGAUGAUAAAGCGUACGGCAGUGGAGAGAAGACGGCACGGCAGAAAAGCCGCGAGCGUCGCGAGAAGGAGACCAGAGAGGAGCAACGUGGUCAUUCGACACGGCUGGCUCGUGAUCAACGGGAGACCCAACGUGACAAGGACGAAUCCCAGGAGCGCUGUCGCGAAAGGCAACGGGAACGAGACCGCGAUCGAGAGCGGGAUCGCGAGAGAGAACGCGAACGUGACCGGGAUCGGGAUAGAGAUCGCGACCGGGAGCGUGAUCGCGAACGCGAGAGGGAGCGAGAGCGGGAGCGUGAACGCGACAGAGAGCGGGAGAAGUCCAUGAAGUCGCGAGAAAGAGACGUACCGACCGCAGUGAUGUCGUCCUCGUUGAGCUUGUCGGCGGAUAAGAACUCGCGCUACAACAAAAACGUGAAGGAGCGUCCGUUGAGCAAGGACGUGUCGUUCGAGAAGGGCGGCGCGCGCGAACGCAGGAGCGAACGUGAACGGGAGCGGUCCGAGACGAAGGCUCUCGGCGAGCGGGAGAGGAACUCGACGCAGCGUCUGGAUAGUAGAUACGAGCGGGGUGUCGUAGAGAAGGAUGCGGGUCGCAAGUCAAGUGUGAACUCGCCGAGAGACCGCAUGGACCGUUUUCCGCGGGAGUCGUCCUUGGACCGGGCGUCUUUGCACGAUAAAAGCACGCAUCCUUCAGCGGCGUCAAGUGGUGUCCAGUCGACGACAGGGUUGUCCUCGUCAGUGCCUGCGGCUUCGUCUUCUUCGUCAACAGUGGUCGCGACAUCUGGAGCCACAUCAUCGUCCCGGGAUCAUCUAAUGGAUAUGGUGGACAGCGGUCAUUACGAUAGGGAUAGUAGACACAGAAGGUUCGGCGUAAGGUACGAACGAGGACACGCGUCUGAACGAAAAGAUCAGGCGCGGAUCGAACGUAUACCCAACAAGAUCGAUCGGAUCGUAGACCGUCGGGAUGCCACCAGUCCACGACGCGCCAUGGAUAUAGAUAGAGGCUUUAACAGGAAUUACGGCAGAAUGUCGGAACAUUGGGACGAACAGGAUGAGUCGUCCGCUCAUGUGGAGUACCGGGAUCACACUCAUAUUCAUGAGGAAGACAGAAGGAAAACUGUGGACGGCAGAAGGUACGACAGUCCCUUUGAGGAGAGACGCGUCGCCCGUGAUGAGAGAUCUCGAGAGUCGAGAUAUGUGAUUCAGACUACGGAGCGAGCGUCUUUCGACGAUCAUCGUCAUCACCACCAUCAUCAUCGGCAUCCUCUCUAUGCCGGCGACAAACUGAGAAGUAGCGGAACCAGUAUCAGAGACGAAGGUGUUUCUAAUGACGAUUGGGAAGGUCACCAUCGCGACGUUGAACAUGGUCGAGACCGGGGUUACCCGACGGUGGAAUGGGAGGAGAGGGAAUGGCGGACAAGAGCAUUAUGGGAAGGCAGGGACAGUCUUCCUCGCUCGGAGAUACACGAUGAUGAGUGGAAUUCCCGAUACGACGGUUCUAUCGCCGAUUGGAAAUCAAGCGAUACCCGAAAAUGGGAUAAUCAGAAUGUACAUGUGCGAUCACAUUACAGAAACGAGCGCUCAAAGGACUUGGAGCUCGGAGAGUCCACGCAGCACAGUAAAAGACGAUCAUACAAUCCUCCUGAGACCAGAGAAGAGCCAGCUAUUCAUCCUUCCGCUAAGCAGGCUGCUAUCUACGGCAGUAUGAAGGAAGAACCUAUUAACAAGAAGUUAAUGGAACUUGCAGAGGGCAAACUGUGUACGACCAGAGAAAAAUCCACGGACAAUUUCCAGAAGAAAAUUUCGCAAAAGGAAAAGCCCGAAAUCAAGGAACCCGUCGUGAUAGAAUCUAAACGUGCCAUCGCCGACGAGUCUCUGCAAACUCUUCAUACCGAGAGCGAUCUGAGCGACAUCAGCGAUGAUCCCGAUGAUAUACUGAAUAUGGAAGAAGAUACCGUGCAGGAUAUGGAAGCUGGCAAAGUACGAGCGAGUAAAAAAACGCCUGACGCUGCACACGCACAGUCGACAGCGCAAGAACUAGCUCAACUGUCGCCGAAGGAAUCGGUGGAGGAGGCUAUUUUCAGCGCAAAGUCCAAGGAUAACGCCGACGCAGUGUCAUUGAGGAAUAUGGAGGACGACAAUAUGGAAACUAUGGACUUCGAAGAGAUUUCUGACGGCGAAUUAGAAGAGGAUAUCAAGACGAGCGGCAAAGGAUUGGGUGACGCUUUAGGCGUCGACUGGGAGAGUCUCGUGAAGGAGACACAAGCGAGGAGAACGGUUACGUCCACUCAAGAUUCCACGGAGAACCGAUGGCAAUGCAAAGCUAUUUUCUAUCGAAUCGGUAUAUCGAAGAAGUAUGCGGGCGAAGAUUUCGCGAAGAAACUUCUGAAGAAAUACGAGAAGAACGAUCAUAAAGAGUGUCUACUUAAUAACAUCGCACUAAUGCACACGGCACUCGCGCGGAAUCGGCUGCUACAAGAUUUGGGUAAUCCAAUCCAUUCUGUAGAUGACUCCUUGUAUAGAAACAAUGUCAUGAGCUAUAACGAAGACGUGGAUUACGAUUGGGAAACAUUGAAGUCGAAUAACGCUUUGUACGAGGAAGCAAAAUGUUUAUUACAGCAAGUUGUAUAAAAGAAUAGUAGAAAUUAAUAUGUGACAUCAUUGUGAUCUCUUGUACCUCUUUUUAUAUUGAUCGUGCAAAGUAUAUACACAUUUAUUGUCUUCUACAUUAAUAUAUUUCAUGAUGUGUAAUAGAUCUUAUUGUGAUCUUAUCGUAUCCAACUGGCAUAAUUCUACAAUCCAAUUAUCGAUCAAUCAAUUAAAUAUAAAAAUAUCCAAUUACUUUCGGUAAUUAGUCCAUAAUUCCCAUCAGAAUAUCUACAUCGUUAUGGAUAAGGAUCGUCAAUAAAUUCUCGUAUAUACUUCACGAAGAGAUGCUUAAUCAUUGUCGUCAAACUCUGUUAGAAUAAUGUUCGCUUCUGUACAUUUUAUGGUAAUGAAUUACUGAUAUAUGUGUGUGUGUUUGUGUGCGCGUGUGUUUGUGUGCGUGCGUGCGUGUGUAUGUGUGUGUGUAUGUACAUAAAUGUAUUAUAUUAUGUAUAUUUCGUGCGUUAAAGCACUAGGAUUGAAACUGAUAUAAUUGUAGUGAGCUAAAUUCUCAAUGUGGUAUAGAUGUACUUUAUUCUAAACAUCGUAUCUUGCAGAUAUCGUUAUCACGUAUCUUGGAUAUUAACAUUCGAGCUCUCAAAAUUAUAUCAGUAUUAAUUGCUGUUUGCAAGUUAAACAACAAGAUUAAACAUUGUAAUGGAGAAUAAUA